AUCGGGUUGCGGCGGCGACAGGAUCGGUGGUGUUGUGAUUGAAUGAAAGGCUCAACACUGCAAUUUAUGUAAACUUUGACCUGAUAUCCGAUUUUAAUUUUAUUAAAAUGAUUCACGAGCUCCUGUUGGCGUUAAGUGGAUACCCUGGGACUAUAUUCACAUGGAACAAACGGACAGGUUUACAGGUCUCCCAGGACCUGCCCUUUCUCCAUCCCAGUGAGACCAGUGUCCUGAACCGCCUCUGCAAACUGGGAUCCGAUUACAUUCGCUUCACAGAGUUCAUAGAGCAACACACAGGCCAUGUCCACCAGCAGGAGCACCACUCCAUUCAGACAAACCAGGCCGGACUCAAUGGGGUUUACCUGCGGGCUUUCUGCACGGGACUGGACUCCAUGCUACAGCCUUAUAGACAGGCUCUCCUGGACCUCGAACAAGAGUUUCUUGGCGACCCACAUCUCUCCAUAUCUCAUGUGAAUUAUAUGUUGGAUCAGUUUCAGUUGCUGUUUCCCUCUGUUAUGGUGGUGGUGGAGACAAUAAAGUCCCAGAAGAUCCACGGCUGUCAGAUCCUGGAGACGGUGUACAAGCACAGCUGUGGAGGUCUGCCCCCUGUUCGCAUGGCCCUGGAGAAGAUCCUGGCGGUGUGCCACGGGGUGAUGUACAAGCAGCUGGCGGCGUGGAUGCUGCAUGGUCUGCUGCUGGACCAGAGUGAGGAGUUCUAUGUGAAGCAGGGGCCCAGCGCUGGAGGGGCCGCCGCCAACCAGGAGGAGGACGAGGAGGACCUGGGGAUUGGAGGCCUCAGCGGUAAACAGCUGAAAGAACUACAGGACCUGAGGCUGAUAGAGGAAGAGAACAUGCUGGCUCCGUCCCUGCAGCAGUUCUCUCUGCGGGCUGAGAUGCUGCCCUCCUACGUCCCCAUCCGCGUGGCUGAGAAGAUCCUCUUCGUGGGGGAGUCCGUCCAGAUGUUUGAGAACCACAACCACAGCCCGUCCAGAGCUGGCUCUAUACUGAAGCAUCAGGAGGACAUGUUUGCUACAGAGCUGCACCGUCUCAAACAGCAGCCCCUCUUCAGCCUAGUGGACUUUGAGAACCUCAUAGACGGCAUCCGCAGCACCGUGGCAGAGCACCUGUGGACAUUAAUGGUGGAGGAAUCUGAUCUCCUGGGGCAACUGAAGAUCAUAAAGGACUUUUACCUGUUGGGCCGUGGUGAGCUGUACCAGGUGUUCAUUGACCACGCUCAGCACAUGCUCAAGACCCCACCCACGGCUGUCACUGAACACGAUGUAAAUGUGGCCUUUCAGCAGGCUGCCCACAAGGUGUUGUUGGACGACGACAACCUCCUGCCUCUCCUGCACCUCACCAUCGACUACCAGGGGAAGGAGAGCAAAGAUGCCACAGGGACCCGGGAAGGGGCCACUCCCCCACAGGAGUCCUCCCCCAGGGAGGUGCCCCCUACGGGCUGGGCUGCUCUGGGAUUGGCCUACAAGGUCCAGUGGCCCCUGCACAUCCUCUUCACCCCUGCCGUUCUGGAGAAGUAUAAUGUGAUAUUUCGUUACCUGCUGAGUGUGCGGCGGGUGCAGUCUGAGCUGCAGCACUGCUGGGCUCUACAGAUGCAGAGGAAACACCUCAAAUCCAACCAGACAGAUGCUGUCAAGUGGAGGCUACGCAACCACAUGGCUUUCCUGGUGGACAAUCUGCAGUACUACCUACAGGUGGACGUGCUGGAGUCUCAGUUCUCUCAGCUGCUGCAGCAGAUCAACUCCACCAGAGACUUUGAGAGCAUCCGGCUGGCCCACGACCACUUCCUUAGCAACCUGCUAGCACAGUCCUUCAUCCUGCUCAAGCCGGUGUUCCACUGUCUGAAUGAGAUCCUGGAGCUGUGUCAUAACUUCUGCUCAUUGGUCAGCCAGAACGUGGCUCCGCUGGAUGAGAGAGGAACAGCCCAACUGGACAUCUUGGUCAAGGGUUUCAGUCGUCAGUCCUUCCUGCUCUUCAAGAUCCUGUCAGGUGUCAGAAACCACCAGAUCAACUCUGACCUGGCUCAGUUGCUGCUCAGGCUGGACUACAACAAGUACUACACCCAGUCAGGAGGCACCCUGGGCAGUUUCUGAUUGGGAGAGAAAAUGGAGGAGGAUUUCCAGAGGUCUUGAGUACAAGCAUUCCAGACCAUUUAUCUUCAAGUCGGAUGGAAGGACUUGAAAAUCAGUAUGUUGUUGCUUAACCCCAUUGUGUCCUGAAACGUCUCUGAUACUAUCUUCAUUUCAAUGAAUGUCCUGUAUGGUUCCUCUAGCCUGGUCCCAGAUCGGUUUGCUCUGUAUGAGUUGGCUAUACAGCACAAACCGAUUUUGAGAACAGGCUGUUUCAAUCAGAUACAAGCUCUGUUACUUACCCUAUUGUAUAAAUUGUAAAUACUGUAUCAUUAAUGUGUGUGCCUUUUCAUGAAGAAACAGACAAAUAAACCAUAAUUAAAAUGAAA